AAACUACGUUCUAUGUAUAGAUACGUGGCAUUUAGACAUUAAUUCGACAAUAAUGUUCUGCUGGUGAAAAGUUAUGUAUCAAAUAGACACAAGUCGAAUAAUGCGGGUACACACGCUUAUUCAAGAAAAGGCUGCUUCAAUUUGCGUUAGCUAACGUUAACGUUACUUAAAAGCUACUUAAGUGUGAACUGGUCGACUGAUCAUGCAUCACGUCAAGAUCAAGACUGAGAAGCCAGAUYCAGAGGGGAGUGGUGCACGCAGCCGACUAGAUGCAGUAUUACAGGGGCUGGUAGAGAAGAGUGACAGUGAGAGCUUAGGUGAUGGGAAAUGCUGUUUGCUGUUUUACAGGGAGCAAAAUGAAGAUGAGACAAAGAUGGCAGAAGAGUCUCUGAGCAAGGAUGUGUCUCCAUCUUCUGCUGGGAAGCGGCAAUUGUCACGGUUCCCACAGCACCGGAGAAAGAAACGGAAAGAGAUGGAUGAUAGCUUAACAGAGAGCAACCAACAUAAACAAAAUGCCUACAUUAUCAAGUUGUUUGACCGCAGUGUGGACCUGGCCCAGUACACCACCAGUACCCCACUUUACCCCAUUUGCCGGGCCUGGAUGAGGAACAACCCGGCGGUCAGAGAGAGAGCUGCAUCCCCAAGCCCCCCACACAGCAUGGGGGAAGAGGAGGCUGCAGACAUGCUCAAUGGUAAGGGACAGAAUGUGUAUCGCCUCCCUCCGCCCACCUCCUGUCCUCUCAACCCUUCUGGAGAUCCUGUCAAUCUGAGGAUCCCGCCCACAGAAAAGCCUAUUGUCAGCAAGUCUACAGAUACAGCUCUUGUCUCUGGUCCCCUCAUAUACAACCACAUAGAACGCUGGAAAAAGAUAAGGCAAAAAUGGAAAGAAGCGUCCAACAAGAAUCAGCUGAGGUAUAGCGAGAGCAUCAAGAUCCUGAAAGAGAUGAAGGAGAUGUACGACCGCUAGCUUGGAAUCCCCCAGGCAGUAUCCCACAGCAGAGGGAGGAGAAAAUAAUAGAGCAGGUAGGAGCCACGAGGAAGUCAUCUACCCCAGGACGCUGCCCUAGUCCUCUCCCCAAGGAGGCCAUUGCGUGUGACAAUGUCAGAGGAGCCUCAUGGAGCCCAUURUUACCAUAUACUGUCACAUUUAAGGACCCAAAGUCCUCGUUUUGAAAAUGUAGCAAUGCAAUGCUUCACCUGUGACUGGUGUAUUGGGAUUCUAUUUAGAUAAUUAUUACAUUAAUAUUUUUGGUCAUAUUACAGAAUAUCUGGUAAUGCAUUAUAUAGUCUGUUGUCGAUCCCUCAAUGUGUCAUGAAAGGUUUGUAAACAGGUUGAGUAGUGUACAACAUUUGUCUAAAUUCUGGGAUACUCUAAAUCAAUUCCAAUGGUAAAUAUUUGUUUUAGGAUCACCAGUUUCCCAGACAAGCAGUGCCCUUGGGAUUAUUUUUUUGCAUAGACGUUCAAAAGAAAAGUCUGACACAUAUCCCUAAUUUAAAGUAAGUAAACUGUGUAAAAAAGUUAAAGCAUUGAGCUAUUGUAAUUUAUUUAUCGCUAUAAUAAAUCUGCCAGAGUGCUUUUUUUACAGUU